UCUUAGUUACAGUUGACCACUAACGCUAAAUGUUUAUUUUUUUACAGCAGUUUUAAGGUGAAUCGAUAACUGUUAGACUGGUGGACCAAAAGACAAACAAACUCAAACUACUGUUAAGUCCUGAUCACGAGAACUGACUGUAGUUCAUCACUACAAAAAUCUAAAAGAUAAUGGAGCGCGUGCACCCUUGCGUGUGUACCCAAUCAAAGGCUCGUGCAGCUUUCCACCGCUCAGGUGCUGAAGGCACAGAGUCCUUGCGCACCACAGACGAAAAACCACCGGAACAAACUUCUUAUCUCAGAUUUCUUUUCAAAUGAGUGGGAAAUGUCGUCCUCGAAAACAAAUACACUUUAGUCCGAACAGCUUGUAGAAGUUAGGACUACAGUCAGUCUGUGAUGGACGCGCGCUUUGGACAGGUGCCCCUCAACAUUACGCACAGGCUCGGCGGGGUGAACCAGCUCGGCGGAGUGUUCAUUAACGGCCGCCCGCUGCCGCACGCGGUGAGACAGCGGAUCGUGGAGCUCGCUCUGCAGGGCGUGCGUCCCUGUGAGAUCUCCCGCCGCCUGCGCGUCAGCCACGGCUGUGUCAGCAAAAUACUGGCCAGGUACAAUGAGACAGGCAGCAUUAGACCAGGACUGAUUGGAGGCUCUAAGCCCAAAGUGGCCACUCCCUGCGUUGUGCAAAUGAUCGUGCGUCUGAAACACACCAACCCUAGCAUGUUCGCCUGGGAGAUCCGAGACAAGCUGCUGCUGGAGCGAGUGUGCGACCAUGACAGCGUGCCCAGCAUCAGCUCCAUCAACAGGAUCAUCAGAAACAAAGUCAACUCGGAGUCUUGUGAAGUUGUGUCAUCAGCUUCAUCUGUUUCCACGGGAACCGCCUAUUCCUCUGAGUCCACCUAUUCCAUCAGUGGGAUUCUGGGAAUCAGGAAGUGCAGCAAACACAAAGAAGAAACUGGUUUGUUUCCAAGGAGGUGACGCCCCCUGCGGCGUUUACCACAAGCAGCC